ACGUAUGGCCUGAGUCGUAGCAAUUUUCUCAUCUGCUUACAUCUUCGAUUUUAUAUCGAUAAUCCCCUUGAAACUAUGUGGUAUCUAUAUACGUGACACCAAGUUAUCGUUUUGUUGGAAAAGUGAGAAAUAAAUAUUUAUCUAAUGACGAUUGUCAAAUUCUAAAAUAUCGCAAUGGGACGUUACUCGCACGAACCGGUAAACGCGACCAAAUCGUGCAAAGCACGAGGCUCUAAUCUACGAGUGCAUUUCAAGAACACUCAUGAAACAGCACGUGCUAUCAAGAAUAUGCCCUUACGGAGGGCACAGAGAUAUUUGAAGAAUGUCAUCGAACACAAGGAGUGUGUACCAUUCCGUAGAUUUAACGGUGGUGUUGGGAGGUGUGCUCAAGCAAAACAGUUCGGUACCACACAAGGUCGUUGGCCGAAGAAAUCAGCAGAAUUUUUGCUUCAGCUCUUAAAAAAUGCUGAAAGUAAUGCUGAUGUUAGAGGGCUAGAUCUUGACCGCCUUGUAAUUAAUCAUAUUCAAGUAAAUGAUGCUCCUUGUUUACGCAGAAGGACCUACAGAGCUCAUGGUCGCAUUAACCCUUACAUGAGUUCACCAUGCCAUAUUGAGGUAAUUUUGACUGAGAAAGAAGAUUUUGUAAUAAAGAGCCCAGAAGAAGAGCCCUCAAAAAAGAAACUCAGUAAGAAGCUUGCUAAGGAAAAGGAGAGAUCAAAAGAAUUAUUUUAAAUUCUAGCUAGAUA